AUGGCCUCUCCUCUGUCUCUGACUCAACAGGAGAAGGGCAUCAACCUGAUGCACAUAGAGUCUCGCCCGUCGCGACUGAACAACCAGCAGUUUGAGUUCUUCAUCAGCGUGGACACCAGCUUCUCCAAGGCCUUGGACGAGGUCAUCGAUGGCCUGCGCACCGAGAUCAGUGGCCACGUGCACGAGCUCUCACGCAACAAACAGAAGGACACAGGUGUGUGGGUUUGGGUUGGGGUUAAUUCCAAUUCCAAUUCUUGUCAACGCUUUUUAAUUAGGAAAAUGUGGAAUUGGAAUUCAGAAUUACUUUCUGAAUUGACUAGAGUUUAAAUGGAAUUCACCCUAAUCCUGGUGUGUAUGAGUGUGUGUAUAUAGAAAAAUAUUAUCAAUGAAUAAUCAAUCUAGAUAUGCAUAUAAUAACAUAUUACAAACCAUGACUGAUUAAUAUUUUAAGUGUACUUAACAAUAAUUAUAUGAUGAUAUAUUUGUGUCUAGGAGGGAGAAGGGGGAAGUAGAAAAACUGUGUGUGUGUCACAUGAUCUGAACUCUGGGUGGCGCUUUAGGAGGCCACCAGCCAGACUGUCUAAUGAGGCGAUGAGCGUCGCCGCGGAGACGGAUGGCCUGUCCCUCACAUCCAGCCUCCUUUAUUAGUUGUUUCCACAAUGACAUUAGUUUAGUUACUGGGCACCAACUGGCCUGGCUGCAAACAGAGGAGCCCACUGUCACAGAACAGACUGUCUCUAUCACAGACCCAGAGGAGGGAAACCCUAACAGGGUCAUCGCUCAUCCCGGACAGACAGACAGGCAGAGAUAGACAGGGCCAUCACCAAGCCAGCCGCCCUUGUCCUCACCCCCCUCUGCCUAGCCCCAUGGUCUACUGGACAGGGCGACAGGUUAAUGUGUCAUUGGAGGAUAUUAGAGAUAUUUAUGGUCUGAGAUGGAGACAGGCUGUUUUGAGAGGAGCCUGGUGGGGUCCCAUUGUUCCCCUAGCCUCAGGCUGGACCACACGGCCUCGAUUUAGAUUAAUGGUCAACGUCCAGUACUUCUAACUGUCAUCAAUGAGCCAAUGGGUGACCUCCUCUGGUGCUCUGUUCACUGUCAACAUAGUUACUGAGUAGUGUUCUAGCCCAAAAGCACCCUGCAGGCAAAACCCCGACAAAACCAUCCCCAUCAAUACUCAUUUGGGCUUCACUUGUUUCAAUCAAUUUACAUUUUGGAAUUGGACACUGAACACAAGGCAGAUGUACAGACAAUUGUAAAUAAUACUAAAUUGUAGUUUUCUACAUCUCAAGACGUUAUGCACCACUGUUUCGACUGGUUUUACUCUGCCCUCUUCUGGUCUGUUUUGGCCAUGUAUAUACUGUAUAUCUAUGUAGCUCUGUUGGUAGAGCAUGGCAUUUGCAACGGCAGGGUUGUGGGUUCGAUUCCAGUAUGAAUUUUUUUUAAAUAAUAAAAACAUUUUUAAAUGUAUGCACUCACUUACUGUAAGUCGCUCUGGAUAAGAGUGUCUGCUAAAUGACAUAAAUGUAAAUGUAUCUACAGUAUUUGUCACAUUCAUCUGAACUGGUUAAUGAGAUUCACCCCCCCCCCCCCCCCCUACAGUUCCAUGGUUCCCCAAUGACAUCCAGGACUUGGACCGCUUUGCCAACCAGAUUCUGAGCUACGGAUCUGAGCUGGAUUCUGAUCACCCUGUAAGGAUCAACCAUUCAUUACUGUCUGUUUACAACCUACACACUCUGUAGGGGGUGUCACCCUGUGUACUAAGGUGACUGCUUUGUGUUGUAUGUGUGUCUGCAUUGUUGGGAAGGGCCCGUAAGUAAACAUUUCACUGUUAGUCCACAUCUGUUGUUAUACAGAGCAUGUGACGAAUACAAUAUGAUUUAUGUGUGUGUGUGUGCAUACGUAUGUACCUGUGUGUAUGCAUGUGCACCCACACAUGUGUUUUAUGAAAGACUCAAAUCGUGAUGACAGUCCCCACUCUGCUAUCUAUUCUAAUGGAAACUCUCUAGGGCCCCAAAUUAAUGUCAUUGCUUUAAUUGAGCCCCUAUAAUUAUAGAUAAUUGCUCCCUUUUGCCACCACCUUUAAAAGUGAAAUGUAUUCCUCAUGAGCAGCAUACAUUCUACAAAGGCCUCAUUUGAAUAUGUGUGUCCAGCCAGGGCUCUCAGGAGAGUGGGAGAGUAUAAUGCUGUCAAAGGGUCCAAGUAGUCCUAGCUGAGGAUUUCCACAUUAUAUACAGGGCCAGGCAGUGAUCAUAAAUAAGAUCUAACAUUGAUUACUUCGGUCAUUCACUCCAGGGCUUCACAGACCCAGUGUACAGAACCAGGAGGAAGGAGUUUGCCGACAUCGCCUACAACUACAGACAGUAACUAUCCAUCUAGACUAGAACACUUGUUUCUCUUUGGUCCCUCUCUUUUACACAACAGCAGAGGUGAAGAAAGCUUCUAGAACCUACUAGAAGUGAUCUAUGGCUCUCUCCUCCAGCCUCAUUUCAGUCCCCGCUUUGCCUUUUAUUGAAAAUACCACAAACAAAAGGGGACAAAUUACAGAGGGGGCAGUGGUGGAUUUGAAGCCUCUGCCUUUGUUCGCAUAAUUGAGACUUCAUUAUUCCCAGGAACUACAAAGAGCGCCAGCCCCAAUGAAAACGCCCUCACAGGAAGCUCACAUUUACAUAGCAGUGGGACCUUGGUAGAAUAAUGAAGUGAAUCCACUCACUGAUCUCCCCCACCCAUCCAUCCUCCUAGUCCUCCCUCACCAAAUAGGGACUGUGUGUGUCUGUGUAUAUACAGGACCAGUCAAAUGUUUGGACACACCUACUCAUUCAAGGGUUUUUCUUAAUUUUUACUAUUUUCUACACUGUAGAAUAAUAGUUAAGACAUCAAAACUAUGAAAUAACACAUAUGGAAUCAUGUAGUAACCAAAAAAGUGUUAAACCAAUCUAAAUAUAUUUUUGAUUUUACAUUCUUCAAAGUAGCCCUUUGCCUUGAUGACAGCUUUGCACACUCUUGGCAUUCUCUCAACCAGCUUCAUGAGGAAUGCUUUUCCAACAGUAUUGAAGGAAUUCCCAUAUAUGCUGAGCACUUGUUGGCUGCUUUUCCUUCACUCUGCGGUCCAACUCAUCCCAAACCAUCUCAAUUGGGUUGAGGUCGGGAUGAUUGUGGAGCCCAGGUCAUCUGAUGCAGCACUCCAUCACUCUCCUUCUUGGUCAAAUAGCUCUUACACAGCCUGGAGGUGUGUUUUGGGUCAUUGUCCUGUUGAAAAACAAAUGAUAGUCUCACUAAGCGCAAACCAGAUGGGAUGGUGUAUCGCUGCAGAAUGCUGUGGUAGCCAUGCUGGUUAAGUAUGCCUUGAAUUCUAAAUAAAUCAUAGACAGUGUCACCAGCAAAGCACACCUCACACCAUCACACCUCCUCUUCCAUGCUUCACGGUGGGAAUCACACAUGCAGAGAUCAUCCGUUCACCUACUCAGCGUCUCACAAAGACACGGCGGUUGGAACCAAAAGUCUGAAAUGUAGUCUCAUCAGACCAAAGGACAGAUUUCCACCGGUCUAAUGUCCAUUGCUCUUGUUUCUUGGCCCAAGCAAGUCUCUUUUUCUUAUUGGUGUCCUUUAGUAGUGGUUUCUUUGCAGCAAUUCGACCAUGAAUGCCUGAUUCAUGCAGUCUCCUCUGAACAGUUGAUGUUGAGAUGUGUCUGUUACUUGAACUCUGUGAAGCAUUUAUUUGGGCUGCAAUUUCUGAGGCUGGUAACUCUAAUGAACUUAUCCUCUGCAGCAGAGGUAACUCUGGGUCUUCCUUUCCUGUGGCGGUCCUCAUGAGAGUCAGUUUCAUCAUAGCGCUUGAUGGUUUUUGCGACUGUACUUGACGAAACUUUCAAAGUUCUUGAAAUGUUCUGGAUUGACUGACCUUCAUGUCUUAAAGUAAUGAUGGACUGUCAUUUCUAUUUGUUUAUUUGAGCUGUUCUUGCCAUAAUAUGGACUUGGUCUUUUACCAAAUAGGGCUAUCUUCUGUAUACCACCCCUACCUUGUCACAACACAACUGAUUGGCUCAAACGCAUUAAUAAGGAAAGAAAUUCCACAAACUUAACAAGGCACACCUGUUAAUUGUAAUGCAUUCCAGGUGACUACCUCAUGAAGCUGGUUGAGAGAAUGCCAAGUGUGGGCAAAGCUGUCAUCAAGGCAAAUGGUGGCUACUUUGAAGAAUCUCAAAUAUAUUUUGAUUUGUUUAACACUUUUUUGGUUACUACAUGAUUCCAUAUGUGUUAUGCCAUGUGUUAUGUCAAUGUAGAAAAUAUUAAAAAUAAAGAAAAACCCUGGAAUGAGUAGGUGUGUCCAAACUUUUGACUGGUACUGUAUAUAAGAACAUAUUAUACACAAGUGUGUGUUAACAACAGUGUCUCUGUCUCAGUGGCCAGGUCAUUCCCAAGGUGGAGUACACAGCGGAGGAGAAGGCCACAUGGAGCACAGUGUUCAAUGAGCUGAAGACUCUGUACCCCACGCACGCCUGCCGUGAGCACAACCGUGUGUUCCCCCUGCUGGAGCAGUACUGCGGCUACAGGCAGGACAACAUCCCCCAGCUGGAGGACAUCUCACGCUACCUGCAGUGUACGACAACAGAUCGUGCCUAAGUGCCCCCAUUUCCUAUGCUUCUUUAAGCGUCCCACACACACUGACAUGAUACCCUCCCCUCCUCUCUGUUUUAGCAUGCACAGGUUUCCGGUUGCGCCCAGUGGCUGGCCUGCUCUCCUCUCGGGAUUUCCUGGCUGGUCUGGCCUUCCGAGUCUUCCACUCUACACAGUACAUCCGUCACCAAUCCAAGCCCAUGUACACACCUGAGCCGUGAGUGUCACCCUCAUAAAAUUUUAAGGAGAAAACACAUCGCGCUGAAUGACAGUCUGAAAUUCGUCUGACGUUUGUUCAACAUUCGUUUGGCAAGGUGCGUUUUAGGGACCAUCUGAUUUCCGUCAUUUUCGCCCGUUUCCACAUGUAGAAUCGGCACCCUGUUAAGUACUCUCGGCCGGCAAAUGCUGCCGGUGUAUCCGUGCCUUUAUACAGGUGUCACAUCCUACCUUGGGACCAGUUGUACAUAGUUGAUUAUGUUCUAUAGUCAUUGACUUAAAUCUCUCCACAGGGAUAUCUGCCAUGAACUCCUGGGGCAUGUUCCUCUGUUUGCUGACCCCACCUUUGCCCAAUUCUCACAGGUAAAGAACACAAGAGGACAUGAACGUUCUUUAACCACUGCUGGUAUCAUAACUUAAGAGAACUAUCCAUUGUUGGCGUGAAAAAAGGCACCAUUGUAAAGAUCAGCUUCAAACACAGUCAUGCUAGUCAUAAUGUUCUUGAUUGAGGAGAAUGCCAUGCAACUGUACUGCAUGUGCCAGUCUUACUCUAAUAUUGGUUUUGCUCCUGUAGAACGCUUUCAACUGUGUUACAGCACAAUAUCCUGAAGCAGAUAUAGUCAAUAACAUUAUUUAUUUUGACACUCUUUUGAACAGGAAAUCGGUCUGGCUUCCCUGGGUGCCCCCGACGAGUACAUUGAGAGGCUUGCUACUGUAAGUCUCUCAGACGUCUCACAACAUCAACUUCAGCCGACUCCUGAUACCAGAAGAAGACAAAACAAUAUUGAAUAUGUGAUGAGCCCUUGUGUCUGUCUGUCUGUCCACAGGUCUAUUGGUUCACAGUGGAGUUUGGCCUCUGCAAGCAGGGCUCUGAGAUCAAGGCCUAUGGAGCUGGCCUUCUCUCAUCAUUUGGAGAGCUGCAGGUAUUUACCUUACAUUUACACCUUACAGAGUGACUUACAAUGAGAAAUACAUGCUAGAAGCAGCCACAGUGGUCACAUGUUGGGCAUUCUUCACAACAGAACAAUUCAUUUAGCCAUGUGGCUAUUUUUUUGAGGGUUUCUUUCAUUACCUGUUUUUAUGCCCACGUGUCAGGCCUCCUUCCUGCAGUUCUAAUAGACCCAAAUCCCUAUGAGGUAGCCCAGUGGGCUGUCAGUCAGCAGCAUCGCAUUAGUGGAAACCAAGGCUUUUCUCAGGGCAGACCUGGUUGUAGCUAGAUAUGUUCGAGUCGCAUCUGUGACAAUUUUAGCAUUUUAGCUAACCCUUUUUCUAACCUUAACCUAAUUCUCCUAACCUGCCACGUUAAUUCUCCUAACUGCUGUGUAAGUUCUCCUAACCUGCUAUGAAAAGUCACUUCUGCUAUAGUCAAAACCGGCAGACCUGCCCUGAUACCACAAAUGCGAUACAGCUGUCAAUCAGUUUGUUAGUGGUCCACCCAGGGCUCAGGCUAAAUGUAUCACUAGGGGAAACUGGUGAGGAGUGGGUUAGUGGUUCAAUGGAGAAGUAGGAGGCAGAGACAUAAUUAAUAUCUUAAGUCACCAGUUACAUCACAGUGUCAGCAGAGGAUGUGCAGUUAACUGAGUCAUAUCACAGCAGGACCAACUCACGCUGAGACGCCAUUCACACUGCACUUCCUGUUUACUGCUGCCGAGGCUCAUGGGGCACAGAAUUUCAUUGAGGAAUUGGACACUGCUUGUGAUCUGUGACCUCAAAACACCAAAUGAGGGCUUGUAACCUGGAUUCUGCUCAUUGUACAUUGAUUCACGACAGUGUUACAUCUCCAAUAAAUGGGAUUAGUUGGAGUCAAACUCUGGACUAACAUUUUACUGUUUUGAAUUGUUUUACAGUACUGUUUGACAGACAAGCCCAAGAUUCAACCAUUUGACCCUGCGAAGACCAGCCUCCAGAAGUACCCAAUCACUGAGUUCCAGCCCAUUUACUUUGUCGCUGAGAGCUUUGAUGACGCCAAAGAGAGAGUCAGGUAGAAUUUAACAUCUGUACAAUAUUAACCAUUUAGGAUUUCACAUAUUCAUUCACUGUAUUCGCUUCGGAACUCUCUGGAUCUUUAUAUCAUAGAAUAUAUAUCUUCACAUUUCCAAUGGAAUGUCCUGUGUUAUGACUCUCUAUACAGGAAAUUUGCUGAUACCAUCCCCAGGCCUUUCUCAGUGCGCUACAAUGCAUACACCCAGAGUAUUGAAGUCUUGGAUAACACCCAGCAGCUGAGAAACCUGGCUGACAACAUCAGUGGUGUGUGACACAUUUCUAUAGUGUCCUCAUAAAACGAACUCCUCAAUAGCCCCUUAUGCAAAUACCAACAUCAAGUACUAUUAGAAAUGGAUUCAAACAAGAUUUUCUACCAAUUGUAAUUGAUAUACACUGUAUGUAAUAUAUGUCAUUUAGCAUACACUUUUAUCCAAAGCGGCUUACAGUCACGCAUGAAUACAUUUUACAUAAGGCUGGUCCAGGGAAUCGAACCCACAACCCUGGCAUUGCAAGCACCAUGCUCUACCAACUGAGCUACAGAAGACCACACUAGGAUUUAUUUUUGUCUUGCCUUUUAGAAAUCUAAAACAUAGUUUAAUUGAAUUACAGACAAUAUCUGUAUAAAUUCCCAACUCCUACUGGUAUUUAAUGUUUAAUAAUCUUCUACAGAUGAACUACCUAAUUUAAUUGUAUUGCUUUUAUUUUAGGGGAAAUUGGGAUCUUGUGCAAUGCCCUGCGGAAGAUGGAGUAAGGAGAACACUUUGGAGACAUCCUUCAAAACUGAUGUGCACAAUGAUAGAAUCUCAAUGUAUCUCAUCAAUCUUGUAGAUUUCCAUUAUACUCUUUGUACUUAUAAUCUGUGUGCUUGUUCAUUAUAACAUUUACUGCAUUCUGCUUCAUCUUUAAAUAAAUUAUUCAUAAAUACCUACUGCAACCCAUGCACUAGUCAUUUUAAGUAGAACAUUUUAAUAUUAGUAGUCAUAUUAUUAGAGUAGCACUCUCUCAAUGAAUCACAUAGACAGGCAUACUACUAGCCAAUGAAAAUGGCACAUCGGGAAAAUUAGUCUUUCAUUGUAAAUAUUAAGCGACAUAAAACAAGUAUUAACUUUCUCUAAAUGAAUUAUUCGAUAAGUGAGUGAGGUUUUCGUUAGAUUUUUGUUAACUCCAACAAGGAGAAGUAUUAUUUUAUCAUACCUUUGUCAGCAUGUUCUAGAAAUCCAACACCCGCCAUUACAGUAUUGAUAGGUUAACCGACGUAAUUUUCCGUAACCAGCUGUGACAGAUUAAAUUAGAAGAGUGCUAUUCCAAAACUAUUAGCUCAGGCUUUGAAGAUGAUCUAAUUCGCACUUGAGUAUUCUAUCUACAGUGGUUAAAUCGCAAAUAACAAAAAUGUAUCCUUGCAUUAUGCUAUAAAAAGCUACGCCUAUAUAACAAUAACGAAAUACAAUGUGUAUGUCCAGAAUGUUAUUAGAGAAUGUGUUUGAUUAUAUCCUGAAUUCUGAUUAAUCCAAAUGAUUGACUGUUUUUCCAUUCUUUACUAUCACCAUCAUAUUUGUUUGUAUAAUAUGCAUGAAAAUGUGUUAUUAUUAACUGGCCAAAUAAAUGUCUUUAUAUCCUGAAAAGGUUAUCUUUCAAAUAAAUUAUCUCAAAAUAA